UAAAGACAGAUCAUUUUGACGUAAGGUCUGAAGAGUGAAUGGCUCAAAGUUGGGACCAGUGUCUUUGAAUUGUAUCCAUGGGUCAGCUGCCUUCUUUGUGUGACUGCUGCCCAGAUGGGAAAGAGACACAACAUGAAAGCAAGCACAGGUGUGGUGGAAAUCAUAGGGUUGACAGAAAAAUUUACAUUUAAUCCGAAAGAGGGAAUAGACAACCCAGUGAUGGUGAUCACAGAAGACUUUGUGUCAACGCCCAGCCCUCGUCUGUGUGUCCUUAAACGGGAGGAAGGGGAGUCCUAUGCCUUCCAUCUGCGGGUGGAGAGGGGGUGCCAGGGUCAUGUAAUCAGAAAUGUAGUGUCAGGAGGCAUAGCGGCGUGCAGUGGCCUUAAAGAUGGAGACAGGCUUCUGGAAGUCAACAACUGCUAUGUUGAUGAUGUCCCUCACCCUGAGGUGGCUAAGAUGAUAAAGCAAAGUGGACACCAGUUAUGUUUAUUAGUGUUGGAUGGUGAGGAGUAUGAGCAGGCCAUGUCCCGAGGUCAAGACCUCCGAGGUCUGGCCAGAGGGAAGGGCUGCAAACAACCCAGACUCUGCCACAUUACCAGGGAUCCUGUCUCAGGUCUGGGCAUCAACUUCACACCCAUAGAAGGAGGGAAAGGUCGCUUCUCUGUGAACCUGGUUAAAGGAGGUGCUGCUGAAAAGGCUGGGGUGUGUAAGGGAGAUCACCUGGUGUGGAUGAAUGGUGCAGCAGUGUCCGAUCUCACACACUCUGCACUCAGCAGAAUGAUGAAAAAAUGUGGCGAUCACAUCACCAUCCUGGUGAUUGACAGUGAAAGUGAGAAGAACUACAUGCAACAAAGGAUGCCCAUCCUGCCCGCCAUGGCUGUUCCACAUAACCUGCCUUACAGAGCCAAAAAACUGCACCUGGUGUCUGGGCCUGAGGGCUACGGCUUCCUCCUUCGACUGGAGAAGGCGCCAUCAGGACGCACAUUUCAUGUUCUGCGUGAGAUGGACAGAGGCAGUCCAGCAGAGAGGGCAGGUAUGAAGGACGGAGAGCUGCUGCUGGAGGUCAACGGGGAGUCUGUGGAGUCACUGAAGCAUGAGGAGAUUGUGGACAGAGUGAGACUGAGUGGACGACAGAUUUCCUUCACCACCAUCACUCAGCAGGGGCUGGAGUUUUACACCCGGUUGGGUCUAUCCCCUCUUCUAUUCUGUGAGGAUGGUUCUGUUGAGAGAGAAAAGGAAAGCAGCAGAUCAGCCUCUGCAACAGAGCAGUCACCACAAAAGGAAAUGGAUGGCUCCUGCAAGCCCAGAUGCUGCUCUCUCCAAAAAGGCCCUUUGGGGUUUGGCUUUAACCUGGGCUGCGUCCCACAGUGUUCUGGGACCUUCAUCAGCCAGGUGGCUUUUGGAGGCCCUGGGCAGAGUGCAGGGCUACUUGUGGGUGACGUGGUGAUGGAAGUCAAUGGACAAAAUGUGGAGGAGAAGUACCUGGAGGAUGUGAUUUUGCUUGUGAAGGAAGGAGGACAUUAUCUUUCCUUAGUAGUCAUGGAUAAGACUGGCUACAACAAGCUGAAGCAGCAUGACACACCUACUAGAGAUAUCUCUGACAGUGAGCAGGAGGAAGAUAGUUAUGAGAUAUCGUCUUUGUGAGCGGCAAAGACACUCAAACAAUACUGAAAACAUUCCUUCCCCGUCCUAACUACUGAAGAGACUUCAAACUGAGCUGAACAAGACAAACUUGCCUGUUGGUAUUAUCUUAUUGGACAGUAUUGCCUUAAUCUAGUCCUGGGGUUUCACAAAGGAUCCAAAACAUCAGAUAACAUAAGCUAAUAAUGAAACUGGAACAGUGUCAGCUGUAUAAAUGACAAAGAAAUGUUGUAAUGUGUGUUUGUGUAUGAUAUAAAAACGUAUUUUGGUAUUGUG